UUAAUUCUUUAAAGAAUAUUUUGUUAAGUUCUAUUUGGAUGCUCGGACUGUUAUGAGCAGGUGUUUCCAGUGUUGUGUGGUGUUGUGUUUGUGUGAAAUGAAUGCGAUUGGUUGUCUGCGAAAAGCUGAUUUGCACAGCUUUGUUUGCUUGACUAGCCACCUGCUGAAUAUGGAAGCGAUAUGGGGAAGAUAUGAAAAGUAGUUUGUGGUAAGCAAUUUUAGAGCUGAUUUCGAGUGAUAGGGCUUUAAGCGCACGGUAAGAAGGUGUAUGUAAACAUGUAAAGCGCGCCAAUUUUACCACAGCAACAUGACAUUCCUACUGCCUGCUUUGUUGCUCAAGAUAUUGUUUAUAUAUAGUAUUUUAAUCGAUGGAGCGUCCUGUGAAAAUGAGCCAGGAACAUUAGUUCUAGUAAAUGUGGUGUACAGACAUGGUGAUAGAACUCCUGUGUCUCCCUAUCCAACUGACCCAUACCGCAAUGUGAGCUUCUGGCCUGUAGGAUGGGGUCAGCUUACAAAUAGAGGAAAAGAACAACACUUCGAGCUUGGAAAAUGGUUGAGAGAGCGUUAUGACCAUUUCCUCCCCGAGGAAUAUUCAAGGGACGAUAUCUACAUCCGAAGUACUGAUGUGGAUAGGACAUUGAUGAGUGCAGAGAGCAAUUUGGCUGGCUUAUACCCACCAACAGGUUCUCAGAGAUGGAAUCCAACACUUUCAUGGCAACCCAUUCCUAUUCAUACUACUCCAGAAAUAGAUGACAUGAUUCUAGCUGGGAAAAAGCUCUGCCCUCGGUACAACAAGGCUCUUGAGGCUGUUAUGAAUUCUGUUGAAAUGAAAGAAUUGAAUCGGAAAAACAAGCAAUUGUAUGAGUAUUUAAGUAAACACAGUGGUGCUGAAAUACAUGAUUUGGUGUCUCUGGAAUAUUUGUAUGACACUCUUCAUGUUGAGGAUCUUUACAACUUGACUCUCCCAGAGUGGACCCAAAGCGUAUUUCCUGAGAAAAUGGCAGGUUUAGCAGCCUACAGCUUUACUUUCCAAGCUUUCACUCCAUUAUUGCAACGUCUCAAAUCAGGACCUUUGUUGAAAGAGCUCAUAUCAAAUAUGGAGAAAGCGAUCUAUGAAGGAUCAGGAAUUGGAAAGAAGAUGUAUAUGUAUUCAGCACAUGAUUCUACAGUUGCUAAUUUAUUGAUGACUUUGGGAGUAUUUGAUGCACAUUCUCCUCCCUACACUGCAAUGAUUCUCAUGGAACUAUGGAAGAAUGCAGAUGAAGAAUAUAAUGUAGUGAUUUCGUAUCGGAAUUCAUCUGCUGAUCCAAGUGUGUUGACACUGACUGGUUGCAGAAAAGUGUGUCCUUAUGAGAAAUUUAUAGCUCUUACAAAAACUCGAGUACCUGCUCUGGCCCUUUCGGGAUUGCUGGCUGUACUUCUGACAUCAUCCAUUCUAUUCAGUAUUUUGUAUUGGCGCAAAAAGAAAUCAGCAUCAUACUACUAUCAUCAUGUUCACACUGAAGAGCAGUAAUGUGAUAAAAACAAAUAUUCUGUGAUUAACUUUUAAUUCCUAUUGUUACCCACCUCAGCUGUGAGCAUUUUUGUGAUAAAGUGAGUGUGUUUUGUGUUCAGCACGUACUUCUAUAAACUUGUGGUUGUUAAAUAGUGUUGCCAGAUGUUUUUCUAAAUUUUAUUUCUUAAAAAAUUAAGUUUCUUAAAAAUUUUACUUUCAUCAAAAGUAAGUUGUUGAAAAGUAUUAUUUUUAUAUAUUCUAGAAUGUGAAAUGUGUAAGACAUUUCUUUCUUUCUUGAAUUGAAACAAAACUUUGGGAUAAUGGUGACGUUCGAAAAAUCAGCCUUGGUCAGAACAAUAAAGAAAUAUAGACUGGAAAUGCUUAAUCAUUCAUAUAUAAUAAAAGUUGAAUGGGUAAACUAGCAUGUAUGGCUGUACAAAACAUGUCACUGCAUUCUCAUGUUCCAAGGAUAAUAUUUAUUUGUUUUCUAAGCUGCAGUGUAUUCAAAAUAUGUUUAAAUUGUGAAGUAAAUGUUCUGAUUUAAUAACUGUGCAACUUCAAUAAUUAAAAUUCCAUUUAUCAGUAUUGAACUGUAUGUAUAAAUGAAUAUACGGGUUCAUUAAACAGCAUAAACUGUCUAAGACGGAACCUGAUGGUUCCCUAAAAAAAUUUCCGCCAUGGCAGGUUUCAGUCUUGUGGAGGGUUGCCAAAAAAUCACUAUGUAACUUAAGUGCAGUAUUUUUGAUAUAGUAAUAUUAGUGAAACAAAAUAAUGAAAGCAAAGCAUAAUUUAUCACUAGUGGUGGAUUUAAUGAAAUGCUAUUUUUUCUUUUCAAUUUAGAACUAUGCCUUUUAGUAUAGAUAUUAUUUUUAUGCUAUAACGUAAGGAAGUGACCCAUUUUUAUGAAUUUUUUUUUGCAUUAUUCGUUGGUUUCGAUUAAUACAUCAAUUUUUACCUUUCCUGUGAUUUAAAGCAUUUUCAACUGAUUUCAUCUAUUUUUUAUAUCACUUUAAUGUUAUUUGACUCAAAUAAUAUUUAUGACAAACGUUUACUACGGAAUUCCUGAGUAGCCUGUUUGAUUUCUUCACUCAUGUUUUGUAAUGUCAGCCAUUGCGAUUAUUAUGUAAUCUAAAGUUCCUGUAACACCUAUCAGCGUCAUUGGUUCGGCUGAUUUCGUGAGAAAGACAGAUAUCCUAGUAAAGAACAGUCCAAACAAAAAGUUUGCAAGCUGAGUUCGCUUGAACGAAAGGAAGAAGCCUCGAUUACAUCAGUGACACUUCCAACAGCUGAAUUCAUCUGAACUGGUUUUGAUUAAACAAGAUAGUGUCAGAAUUUUAAACAUAGAUUUCUGUCUUAGACUGGUAAUAAUCACUUUACUGCUCUCUAAAAAACAUUCCACGUCUGCAUUAGGCAGGUUUCCAGCUGUAGAGGUCAUUUCAUGUAUAAAAUCAUUCCAUUCUGAGAUUUUUGUCUGGUAUUCUGUCUUACAGAAGUUCCGUCUUAGACAGAAUGUAGAAACAAUUAAAAAAUCUUUCCAAAGUGGAUGGCUGAGCGUGUCACAAAAUUUUUUAGAUCCCUAAAUCUGGCAUCACUCUUAUUUUAAUAAGCUCUCGCCCUGACUGUAAGACUGAAUAUGUAGUCUUCAAGAAAAUGAAUACAUGUCUUUCUUGCAUUUUUGUGUGUGAUAUUGAAAGGGUAGUUGUAGAAUUAAAUUAUUAAAAUCAUGUCUAUUGAUGUGUAGUUUGAACUUAUAAUAUUGAGUUCUUGAAUUCUUUUUAUUCAAUCUUUUAAGAUUGAAAUGAUAUUUUGUUGAUAUUGACUUUUUCAAAAAGUACAAUUAGUUCUGUUUACUAUGUCUGUUUAUUUGUACAGAGGUAACUGUGAUAUCUUAUGAGGAUUGAAAAUUCACAGUAGAAUGUUAUUUGCUUAUUUCAUUGGAAAUUUACUUGUCAUUUAAACUGAUGCUCUAUAUGCAGGAAAGAGAGGACAAAAUGUUUCAAGAAAGGAAUACAAAAGGAAAUCAAAAGUUUUAUCAUCAAAAUAUUUGUCAAAUAAAGUAUUUGAUUCCAUGCAAUUUCAUUGACAGGAGUGGAUUGUGUGUUUAGUCCAGUACUAGUUUGAAUAAUAACCUGAGACUUGGUAGAUAUGAAUCAAUGUUUUGAUUCAAGAAGGGUACCUAAACUGAAGAUCCUUUCAAUCUUGCUUGCAAUCUUCAGUUGACAUGUGUAGUGACAGUAAGAUAGCCAAUUUGAAUACUGUUAAAGGUUUUCUGACACAUUGCAAUAAUUUAAUUGUUGUAUUCAUUUCAUUGUAUAUUUUUCAAUAAUCCAUAUGUUCUGUAGUUUACAGUUUGCACAUUCUCAUGGUAAUAGUGGCUUUAAAAGGAGAAAACCAAUGGUAUAAGUACUUAAAUCUGAAGAUAGGGAAACAUUUUUAUAAUGUUGUUGCUUUAAACUAAUUUUAAAAAUCCCCUAUUGACAUUGUAUUUGUAUGUGUUAAAUUGGUCUUACAAUAAAUAAAUGUUGAGAGUGAAAUUA